UCCGGCCAGCCAGGCUUAUCCAGUCCACAACUCCUUUCUCCAGAGGGAAUAAAUAUGGGAGAGAAACUAACACCUAACUUCUUGAAGGAGCCUGAGUUGAGAAUGCCACUUCACUUGGCCUGCCUCCUCUUCUGUCUCUGCUUGCUUUACCUCCCUCACGGCUCCGCUCCUCAAAUUAUUGGGGGUGUUCCUGUUUUGUCAGGCCCACCAAGGAAAUGUGGGACCGAAGAAUUCUUCAAUAUUGAGACGGGCCAGUGUGGCUCCUGCACUCAGAAACAGAUGCAGAGCCCUGAUGGCUUGGAGUGCGUUUGUGUAGCUGGACUGAAUGAGACAAAUAAGCAGCCAUCACCUCUCGACUGCCGUGGCUGUAGUAACCUGCCCCCCAACACACUCUGGGAAUCCAUGUUCCUUGACGGCAGUUUCCUGAGUUGCAACAACACCUGCAAUGUGACGGCCUGCCAAAUUCUCACAAACAUGGUCAUUUUGGAAGCCUUCUCUUUACAAAACCGGGCCUAUGAUCUCUAUAUGAAGACCAAAAGCCAAGAUCUUCCAAAGCUGUGGUACGGUAGUCAUGGAGGAACUUCCCCUCGGAUGGUUUUUGGGAAGACUUCGAAGAUUGACUUUAAGGUCAUAAAGUACAAUGUGCUUGGAAAGUUCUUAGGCUGGGAAGACGUGAGAGGAGCGACGUUGCAACUCUGCCCAGACAGACAGAGUGUCAUGGAUGCUGCCUUUGUGUUUGGAACAUCAUACAGCCAGUCUUGCACCCUCGACAUCUCGGCUCUACUGCAAGGUGUCCCUGAACCUGUCUUUUAUGAGAUGUUCUUACAGUUUGAGGAUGAAGAAGGACAUGUCCGACUGUGGCCAGUCCCUGUAGAGAAUCCAGCAAUCCUUACAAACAACCAAGCAUCCCAUCUCCGAAGAUUCUUUCUGGUUGAUGGGCUCUCUGGCAGAAAAGUAAACCUGACAAAUGUCCCAGCGACUGUUACAUUUGCAGCAGAAUUGAUCCUCAGUGUAUACCUGCCAACCGGGACUCCUGGAGGAGACAACCCCCCUUUCCUGCUGACAGUGAAAUAUGCAACGCGGAGCAGCACUGGAGUCGCUCAGGUGUCAUUUUCAGUCUCUUAUAUUCAGGAUCCUGGGACGGCUCAGCAAGCUACAGAUAUUGCAUUUGGAGCCCUGGGAUUCCUUGCAAUCAUCUAUGCCUUGCUGGAGACCAGCACUUGGACCCGGAGAUCUCGACUUCCAAACAUAAGCUUUAUGGUCAUAGUGAAAUUCUUUGCCAACUUCAGCGGAUCUCUAGCAAAUGUCUUUUUCAUGGUCAGCCUUGGAAUUGGCAUUUAUUGGCUCAUAGUUUUCAAGGGUCAGCAGUUUUCUGCAGUUGAGAGGACACUGCCCACUGCUGGGAGCCAAAUAGAGACCAACUUUAUCAUCUACUUGUUGUCUGCUCUUGUGUUAAAGAGCUUGGACCUCAUACAUAUUCUGAUAACCCAGUUAACAGUUUCCAUCUUCCUGAUAGACUGGGAGAAGCCAAAGGAGAGAGGAACGGCAAAAGCAUCUAUGGGAUAUCAGAAGGCUACUUCCUCUGUGAGUGCCUGGAGAACUUUUCUGAUCGCUAAUGAGUGGAACGAGAUCCAGACCCACAGAAAAGUGAACCCUUCACUCCAGUUGUUUGCCGUCUUGCUGCUACUGGAGGUGGUGGGGCUUAAGAAUCUCACAUCAAGAGACCUGAAUGUGAAUCUGCACCCGGGACCAAAUGCCUAUCAUGCUCCUUGGAGCCCAAUUCUUCGGUUUGGGAUUGCUGCUUCUGUUUGGCUGGCAGUGGGGAUUGUACAGGUGCUGUUUUCUGUUGGGUUAUAUGAGCGGUUUGUAGAGGACAAGAUUCACCAGUUUGUUGAUCUUUGUUCCCUGAGCAAUGUGUCAGUGUUCAUUUUGACACACAGAUGUUAUGGAUUCUACAUCCAUGGGAGAAGUGUCCAUGGACAGGCAGAUGUGGGCAUGGACACCAUGCUCACCUAUAUCAGGAAGGAGGAGGAGAACCUCUGUGCUCUGAGAGGCCUGGAGGCCUACUCUGAUGUGCAAACAUUUGAGGUGCUUCUUACAGACAGGACUCGAGCAUUCUAUGACAGAAUAACUCUAUCUUUCAUGGAGGUUACCAGAGGAGCCCACAUCCGACCUGACCUUCACAAGCAGAGACUAAAUGGCUACUUUGCCUUGAAUCGCUUUCUGGUCUCCUUUUUUGAACAUAGAUACAAAGAUAUGGACUACAUGGUGAAGGACAAAUUUUUCCUGGAGCGGAUCAUGGACAUGGAAUUCCAGGAACCAGGGGACAUUUCCACUCUCUAUAAUGAUGACCGUGCUUUAUUUAGCAGAACACUUUUCUACAGUCAUGAACUGGUGCUGCUGCUCUUUGAACUCCUUGUCUUCUCUGCUGUAGAUUUGGCAGCACAGGAUUUUGUAUUGUCAACAAUUGUGACCUUUGUCGUGCAAAAGUUUGUGAAGAUGCUUCGCAACACACUUGGAAGGAGGAACCUCGCUGAGAAAACCUUGGUGGAGAAGCAAUUCCUAAUCUAGAACUGAACAACAAGCUGUUAAUCUUGAAUCUACAUUCCCUAGCUGGGGAGUUGCAGCUGCUAAUUGAAGAUGUAGUGAAACAUUUAGGACACCUUAUCUGUUCAGCCCCAGAACUGUGGCAUGCACAUCUUUCAUAUGAAUUACAGAACUCUGCCCAGGGAAUCUGUUCUUGCUUUCAAAGUUCAGUGCCAAAGCAUGUGAAGUAGCAUAAGUGCCUUUGAGCAUUGGCCAUGUAUCUUUCCCAAAGUAGCAAUGAAGUGACAGUAAAUAUUCACAUACCUAUUUUAAGUUGCAUGGCUUCCUAGCACACAUGGGCCUUAGCACUUCUUGGCUUGAAAUUUUCAGCACUAGUGGGUGUGAAUUGGUAAAAAAGCAAAACGAAACAAAACACCAAUACUGUGCUCCUGCAUGUUCCAACAGGACAAAAACAAUCACAGACCAUGGACUCUGCAGUCAGUUGCUGAACAGAAGGUAGUGGUUGGUCUGCAGCAGAGUGGCUUAAACAUGACUCAUGGGCUGCAUAUAAUAGUUUUUUGUGGCUCAACACCCACAACAUUGAUUAUUUUAAAAUCAAAAUUUUAAAAAAUGACUGCUCCCAUGGAUCCCUUGCUCUGAUUCUAUGAGGCUAACAGUUGUUUUUCUUAUCUUACUCGCCCUGCAAUGUUUUCGCAAUGUUUUCCUUCUUCAUCUUAGUAGUAGUAUUAGAAGUAUAUUGACUUUUACACUUUGGUCACACAUUCUGGCAUUCAGCCCCUGAAGGACUGACCAUGUGUUGAUGCAGCCCUUGCUAUGAAAAAGUUUAGUCACAACUGGAAGAGGUACUGUUCUUUUGUGUGAGAGAGCAUUAAAUUACACUUAUUUAGCACAUAUGGCUAGCCAGUCUAAAGGCCUCCUACCAGCCAGCCAAUCUCAGGUGCCCGGUUUUACACAACACCAUUCUCUUCUGUGUCUAAAGGGCAGUGUCUAAAAUGGUGUCCCAGGCAAGGAAUAUCUUCAGCUCUCCCCCUCCAAUUACCGGUAAUUGUUUUAAUACAUUGCGUUGUCCUGGCUGCAACAAAACAUGACUCUCCCACAUCAGUCUCUACAGCCAAAGCAGGCGGUGUAACCUUCCAAUGGUUUGACUUCACCCUCAAAGGCACACUCCUCCAUUGUAUCCUGAGAUAGACGGAUGCCAACAACAACACAUUGAGUUUUUAAAAAUCACGUUUGUGGCGCAUUUCAUGAUUUAUACUUGUAUGAGCUGAUUUGUGCACAUAGAUCUGAUCACAGUUCCUUACAAAGACUCUGGCACACGUACCAUUUGUUUACUGGCCAUUGAUGUUGUACAUUUUCUUAAAAAUUAAAAAGAUUAUGACGUAAUGCUGUCAUCAGCUUUACAAGUGAA